GAACGAAAUAGUUCCAUCUCCUAUAAAUACACGCCUCUCGUCGCGCUUUCUGCUUUCUGCAUUUUUCUUUUUAUUUUAUUUACAAGCUCAAGUUUCUCUUUGAAGUCCUAACUACAUAUUCUCUAGAAUUCUCCGGUCCUCAUAUCCAUUUGAUUUAUAACUUCUGAAAAUGCAAAAGCCCAAAACUUUAAGUUUUGAUAAUACUGAGCAAUGCAAACCUGAACUCCCAUCAGGAUCAGCUGAGGAUGUCAAGCAAUGGGAGGAAGUCAGGUGCCCAAUAUGCAUGGAGCACCCUCAUAAUGCUGUUCUUUUACGAUGUUCUUCUUUUGACAAAGGUUGUCGCCCAUUCAUUUGCAACACGAGCUACCGCCAUUCAAAUUGCCUUGACCAGUUCUGCAAAUCAUCUGUGUCAUCUCCAUCAACAAUAACAAUACAAGAAAUUCCUAGUGGAAGAGCAAACUCAUGUUUAAGUGCACAAACUGAUGUUAAUGGGAGUGAGUCACAGCAUAAGCUUGCUUGCCCUCUGUGUCGCGGAGAAAUCUAUGGGUGGUUUGUAGUAGAUCCUGCUCGAAAGUUCAUGAAUUCCAAAACGAGGAGUUGUUCUUAUGAAAAUUGUGAUUUUGCUGGGAAUUAUUUAGAACUCAGGAAGCAUGCAAGAUCUGAUCACCCUACAGUCCGACCAUUAGAGGUGCAUCCAGAAAGGCAGCACAAUUGGGCAAGGCUGGAACGUGGAGUGCAUCUUUCCGACUUGCGAGGGUUGAUCACCUUGAUGAAUGGUGGAGGAGGAGAAGAGGGGGAUGUGGACGUAGAACUCGAAGGACCGUUUUCAGCAGAUGCUCAUGAAUUGCUAAUUUUUGAGUCAAUCAUUCACCUGCUACAAUUUGGGAUGAUGGGUGCGGAGCUUAUCAAUGCCAUUGGACAGGAUGAUGAUGGCGACUUCAGCAAUCUAGAGAUGAUGCCAAGGAAUCGGAACAACUACAGACGCAACAAUACUAGUAUCAUUUUUAACUCCAGACAGAACAAUUUUAGUGGCAAUCCUGGGGAGAGGAUGCGCAGGAAUCAGAACAACUACGGACAAAACAGUGCUAGUAACAAUCUGAACUCUAGACAGAACAAUAGAUUUAGGACCAAUCUUAUGGAGAGGAUGUACAUGAAUCGGAACAACUCCGGACAAAGUAAUACUAGUAGUCACAAUCUCAAUUCUAGACAGAACAAUGGUUUCAGGGCUACUCUUGUGGAGAGGAUGACGAGGAAUCAGAACAGAUACGGAGGCAAUAAUUUUAGUAACAGUAACAAUCCCAACUCUAGACAGAACAACAGUUAUGGAGGCAAUCUCAGUGAGAGGAUGCGGCAGAGACGGAUCAAUAAUAUUAGACAGAGGAACAACUUAAGUAGGAGAAGAAGAUUGGUUAGCAGGAGAGAUGGACAUGAGAGGUAGACAUAAUAGUGUCUAGAACUUCUCUGGAGUUCUUCUUUUUGUUCAAGUUUUUAGAUUUAUAUGCAACUUUUAGUCAUUGAAUAAAAGAAAAGAUUCAGUUGAUUUGA